AUGUGGCUUGUGUGGGUAUCAGCGAUUCACCUGAAUUUCAUUAGAAUUACUGUACAAUUCAACUUGCAAGCAUGGCAUCAUCGAUCACCUUAUCAGCAACAAAGAAUAACGGAGGAUCCCAUUUUCUUCCCUUAUUAUCACCUAUCACAUCCAACAAUGUCAAUGCCAAUACAUGGAUUUAAUCGAAACUUAUAUCCAAUAUCAUUUCCAAUCUCCGCUCAACCAUCGCUCUCUUUGGCAGCUUUAACAAUUCCGACAUCAACUCUUCAGAAUCUUCCAUUCCAAUCGGCGUGGAUGAUGACGACCACUUCUCCCUUACUUCAAAAGCAGCCGAAAGAUUAUGAUGGUUACGUUGCGGAAAUGGAAAAAAGUGACGAUUACAUUUCAACAACAACGAAAAACGAUUAUAAAAUCUCAGUUCGCGUAAAGCCUAACCUGCCAGAUUUUUUACGCGGAACAACGGAUGAUGUACAGAAGAACUUCUAUCAAAUUAUAUCAAAUCCAGAAGAAAGUUUUCAACAGAAGCAAAAUAAACUGGAUCAAUUAAUCUUUACUUUGAGCAGUAAAAAUCAGGAACUGUACGAUCAGUACCGAAGGAUGAAAGACAUUGAAGAGAGAGAAAAACGUGAACGAGUUCACGCUAUUGUCGCAAAUAUGUCUAAUAAAGCGCAAGCUGUUUUUGCGAAGUUAUCAGCGGUAAUGAUGAAUCCAACGAUGAAGGAUAUUGAUCGGAUGAAUAAAAUCAAUGAUUUCUACAAAAAUGUGGACGAAGAUGUUAAAAAUGAAUUUAAAGAUAAAAUAAAUGGCAUGAAUUUGCAACUCGAAUAUGUGGUUUUGCGACACAAAUAUCCACCAGGACCAUUUCCAUUACCUUUCGUUGGGAAUUUCUUACAGAUUGACCUAGCUUAUCCACAUCGUUCAAUGAUUAAGUGGAAAAAGAAAUUUGGUCCAAUGUUUACCAUAUGGCUACCUGGACCAAUUGUCGUACUCGCAGAUUAUAAACUUCUUCGUGAAACACUCAUUAACCAAGGAAAUAUUUUUGCUGGUCGACCGAUGUCAUUCGUUUAUGGAAUCUUCAGUAGACAUCAUCCAGAUGGUGAUGGGAUUAUCUUAUCACAGAACGAGAAAUGGAACCAUCAAAGACGUUUUGCUUUAAGAGUUUUCCGUGAUUUUGGAAUGGGUAAGAAUAUGAUGGAACAAAAAAUUCGAUAUUAUACGGAUACUCUCAUUCAGUACCUGAAGAAGCAAAUAGCCGCUACCAAAUUGAAAACUGCGGUAACUGAUCUUCAUUUGCCAAUUACAUUCUGCGUGGGUAAUAUUAUUCAUGAUCUAAUUCUCGGUAAAAAUUACGAAUACGGUGAUCAGGAAUUUUUACGGUUUAAAAAACUAAUCGAUUCUACUCUCAAAGAUUUCGUCAGUAUUCCAAUGUUACUUGUGGAUCGUUAUCCAAUUGUUCGAUUUCUACUGCCGACAUACUAUCGCUAUUGCAAAAAUGGCUUUGCAUUACAGCAAUUUUUUUUGAAGCAUAUUAACGAACAUGAAAAAGCGAUUAUUACUUCAGCAAACAAAGAUGAUGAACCAAGUGAUUUCAUUGAUGCUUACUUGAAAAAUAUGAUUAAGUACACUGAGGAAAAACGGUAUAAUAAAAUAACCUUGGCUCUGAAUUCUGGUGAUCUGUGGACAGGUGGAAUGGAAACAACGGUAACAACAUUACGCUGGGCGAUCAUUUACCUCAUUCAUAAUCCGGAUGUUCAGAAACUUGUACAUGAUGAGAUCGAUAAAAAUCUGGGAACGAGAACUGUACAUUGGGCAGAUCGUACCAUCAUGCACUAUACAUUGGCUGUCAUUUAUGAGGUGCAACGUAUCAUUAAUAUAUUACCAUGGCAUAUACCGCAUGCUACUACUUCCAAUACUAUCUUAUGUGGCUAUAAAAUUGAGAAGGGAACGAUUAUAAUGCCACAAAUUGGUGCUAUCAAUUUCGAUGAAAAUCUUUAUCCAAAUCCAGAAAUUUUUCAACCAACUCGUUUUCUUAGCAGUGACGGUACUCUUUGCAACUUUGAGCAUUUGAUCCCGUUUGGUAUUGGUAAGCGAUCAUGUCUGGGCGAAGCACUUGCUCGAACGGAACUUUUCAUCAUCCUCACAACUUUAUUGCAGAAUUUCGAAUUCUCUCCUGCUAAUGGAAAAUUGCCAAGUUUGAAACGAUAUCCUGGAAUGGUAUCAGUACCACAAGAAUAUGUAUGUGAGAUACGCAUUCGUAAAGAAGUCGAUUAA